AUGACUCAUCCACUUAAAUUUGAUAAUGUUGAUGUCAAUACAGAGAAAGUUAUUAUUCUAUCCAUUGUGAAUAACAGCAAUAAAUCAUACAUUCUAAAUAAAUGGAUUAUGCUGAGUAAAAAAAGGGACUCUCAAAUUAAUAUAAAACCAUAUAUUAAUCAACCGAAAAUUUUGAAUCAGUCAGAAACUAUACAAUUCACAAUACAAUGUCAACCUAAAUUUUUAGGUCAAACCGAGGAAUGUUUAGUAUUUCUGUUCAAAGGAUUUCAAUUGAAGAGACUUGUUGAAAUUAAUGUAGUAAAUCAAUUCUGUCAUACUAGUAAUGGAAAAUCUGGUACCUUUAGGCCUUCAGAAUAUGAGAAGGUCAAUAAAAUGAGAGAUAUGCAAAGAAAUAAAGAUCAGUAUAUACCGGGUAUAAGGCAACUCAGGACACCUAAUUUUGUUGAAGGUAAAAUAGGUGUUUAUAACAUUCCAGAUAAAAUUUGGUCUGCAGUUUUGGGGGAUUCUGAUAGCACUAUUUUUUCUGAUGAUUAUGAAAAACUUAUUCUAAGACUACAGACGAAGUUACCUUGUUUAAUUCAAGAUCUCAACAUCAAUAAUUAUUGUGACAAGUGGCAUACUUUGCUCUACAUGGAAGAAAUUCAAGCAAACAUUACCAUCAGGGUACAUGACAAACCUAAAGCAUUUCUGAUUAGACAGAAUGAGUAUCUAGCGCUUGAAAUAAAUAACUUGUGUGAAACAAGACCAUCACUUGUUCAAGACAAGUUUCUGACGUGUACUUUAGAACAACUUAAAUGGUACAACAGCAAGUUAAACUACGAUCAGAGAAGGGCAGUUAUUAAUAUCCUUAGGGGUGACAGCCGACCACUACCAUAUAUAAUCUUUGGACCCCCUGGAACUGGGAAAACUAUAACAGUAGUAGAAACGAUUCUGCAAAUUUUGAAGAAUAUUCCAGAUAGUAGAAUUUUAGUUGCAACUCCAUCGAACAGUGCAUCUAAUCUAAUCACCGAAAGAAUAAUACAAUACAAAAAUGCAUUUUCCAGUUCUAUAGUUAGACUUAUUGCAAACUAUUUAAUUAACUCUGACAGUAUUCCAGAUAAUAUUAAGCAAUACUGUGCUACUUUAGAUAUAGCUAUGGAAGGAACAUCUAAAAAUAAGCAUCAUAUUCACGACAAUGUUAAUGUAAAUUGUCAGAAAUCAUUUAUAGGAAGGCAUAGAGUUGUUGUAGUUACAUGUAACUGUUCGGGGGCUCUUUAUUAUUUAGGUUUCCCAAAAGGUCAUUUUACACAUAUUAUUGUAGAUGAAGCUGGUCAGGCCCAAGAGCCAGAAAUUAUGAUUCCAUUAAGCUUUACAGAUAAGGAUAAUGGACAAAUAAUUUUAACAGGAGAUCCUAUGCAGUUGGGACCCGUGAUAUUAUCUAAGUAUUGUAAUGAAUUCGGGAUGAAUGUAUCCUAUCUUUGUAGACUUCUUGAAAGUUAUCCAUAUCAAAAAGACUAUGCUACCUAUAAAGAUGGAUUUGAUGAUAGAGUAGUGACGAAAUUAAAUGAAAAUUACAGAUCAUUAGAAGAGGUUCUAUCUCUGCCUAGUAAAAUGUUUUAUGAUAAUACUCUUGUGGUUAAGUUUGAUAAAACCAGUAGUUGGGUACCAAAAAUAAUUAAUGCUACUUGUGAAAUUUUCAAUAUAACUGAUCAUAAACAUGGUGGAAUAUAUGUUUAUGGUAUUCAAGGACAAAAUAUGCGUGCUGCAGAUAGUCCAUCUUGGUACAACCCUCAAGAAGCUUCUAUGGUUGCUCUUACAACUUGUAAACUAUACAGACAUGAUGUCACCCCUGAUGAAAUUGGGAUAAUUUCACCAUAUAUAGCACAGAUAAAACAUUUACGUUUAGUUUUCGAUGCCAUGGGCUUACCACAACCGAAGAUAGGCACUGUUGAAGAAUUUCAGGGUCAAGAGAGACCCAUAAUUUUGAUCACAACAGUGAGAUCAACAGAAUCUUUAAUACAGCAGGAUAUUAAACAUGUUUUAGGGUUUGUGAAAAAUCCUAAAAGAUUGAAUGUAGCAAUAACCAGAGCUCAAGUGUCAUUGAUCUUAUUCUGUAACCCACAUCUCCUCUGUACUGACCCCUUGUGGAAUCAAGUAAUAACUGAAUCAGUAAAAAGUAAUAGAUAUAUGGGCUGCCUUCUACCAUCAAUACAAGGCACAGUGAAUUCAUGUAAUUAA